CCGUGAAGCACAGUACUGAUGACGUUGGGUGGAAUGACCAAUCGGAAGGCGCUGCCCUUUGGAGACAAACCAUUUUACUUGUAGUGUCUGCAUCAAGUCUGAAAGCAAGGACUCAAUUUUAACAGAAACCACCUUAAAAUCUCUGCCUUAACGUAUACCCACCUUCCGCCACAUUGAGUAAGAAUAUCAGAGGAGAAGGAAAAAAGACGCCGCGGGAAAAUUCGGGUGUUAAUAGGACAAGAUCUUUUCGCUGAGGACAGAGAGACAACAGCACAGCGAGAUAACCCAUUUGGACUUGAGAGAGGGGGUGAGUGCUCUCAAGGCAGAAAAUUUGAUGAUGACCAUGACUACGAUGGCUGACGGUCUGGAUGCUCAGGACUCGUCCAAGUCUGCUUUCAUGGAGUUUGGUCAGCAAUCUCACUCACAGCAGAGCUCACCGUCGAUGGCCGCCAGCCACUACCCGCUACACUGUCUCCAUUCCGGGUCGCACUCUCACCAUCAGCACGAUAACUCUCCGUACCCCGGCACGAAUUCUUACAACAGGUCGCUACCUUACUCCUACGUGAGCCAUCCCCACCACAGCCCGUACCUACCGUCUUACCACAACAAUACUGGCGGUCAGACUAGAAUAGACAGCACAGAGCAGCAGAAGACGACAGUGAUUGAAAAUGGAGAAAUUCGUUUCAAUGGGAAAGGCAAGAAAAUUCGUAAACCUCGGACGAUUUAUUCUAGUUUGCAGCUUCAAGCUUUAAAUCACCGAUUUCAGCAAACACAGUACCUCGCAUUACCAGAACGCGCCGAGCUGGCUGCUUCCCUUGGCCUGACACAGACACAGGUAAAGAUAUGGUUCCAGAAUAAGAGGUCAAAGUUCAAGAAGCUGUUGAAGCAAGGCGGCAAUCCGCACGAGAGCGACCCUAUGCCUGGUUCCAUCGCCCUCUCUCCACGCUCUCCAGCAAUUCCGCCAAUAUGGGACGUGUCGGCGUCCAGCAAAGGAGUAAACAUGCCGGCUAACAGCUACAUGCCCGGGUAUUCCCACUGGUAUUCCUCCCCACAUCAAGAGUCAAUGCAGAGAUAGACUGCUCGGAUGGGAAGGCCGGAGGCCUGACUGGAGAGCGCCGAGUCUGAAUCGUUUCACCUGCACAAUUGAUUUCCGUCAGCCUCGAAACUAAAUCCUGUCUCGCUCGAGGACAGACCCCUCGCAGACAGGCUUGGCUGCUCUGCGCGUGAAGGAUAACAGAGAACAAGACUCUCUAAUGUGGCACGCGGCAUAGGGACUAACCGUAUUAUCUUACCUAUGGCUGUUCAGUGGGAUUGCCUUUGUUAUGCUUUCAUUCAUCUGACUGUCAAUAUACCAAAUCUGUGGCAUUCAGCGAUUUGAGCAAGGACUGCACAUUCACGCGUUCAUACUGGUGGAACCCUAUGCCGUGAUAUAUUGAUGGAACUCUUUACUGCUCCUUGAAUGGUUAUUUCUCAAACAUGCAAAACAAAGCAAUUUGUCUGUCUGUAAAUAUAUUCUGCGACUUCAGCUGUACAUACACUUUUUAUGUUUUGUCAAAUGGAGUAAACCAUGACUCAAAAUGACGUCUCCUGUUCUAUACUGAAACAUUUAGUGUAUUUCUCAUUUCAAGAAAUGGUCCAUCUCCACAGUC